GACUCAAUUCUGAACUCUGAAUGACCAAUAAUGUUAUGGCAGCUGCAUAAGUCUCUAGUGAAAACUAGUGUUUCUUUAUUACUCUCUAUCUACUCUCAUAGUUGAUUGACUAUUUGAUUUAGCGGUUUUGGUACAUUCUUAUCUUGGUUCUAUUCUUUCCGUUCUAUCGGCGAACGUGUCCUUGAAGGGAGUAGCUUGUAGUUUGUUGCCAAUCUGCUACUCUUCUUCCGUCACCAUUAGUAAUUUAGGAAUUUUGGCUGCUAUUAUCUGUGAUAUACCCAUCAUUGUAACUUUUUUGUGCAGGAUCAAAGCAUCAGUCGCAUCAAGAUUACAUGGACAAGGCUGAUAGGGCACGGAAGGCAAGACUUUCUUCUGGUUCUUCAGCUAGCUAAUCUCAGUAAACCUCAAAACCCUUUUCAUAGGUAUUAAGACGUGUUGUUUGCAUAGCACAAUAGCUAAGUCAUUUUUUGAGCAAAAGGAAAGACAACUAUUAGUCGAGAUUUCUUGUCUGUGGCUUCCUCAGUUAUUUUGUUUUCAGCUGGCUGUUAGCAGGUCAGGGAAUAAAGCAUACAUUAUUUUUGUUUUAGUGCUAAUCAAAAUGAAGAUUCAUGUUUUGAUGCUCUGGGGCACAGUGUAAAUGGAUGAUUCUUAUCUGUGUAACCAUCAGCUGAGAAGUUCGUCCAAGUUCGAAUAAUAUGAUUGCAGUCUUGGCCAUAUCGUUUUACGACCCAACAGUUCUUGUCCCGCCGGAAGACCAGCAAUCACUGUGCAUGUCAAGCAAUGUUCAUCGUGUAAGCACCGGUCAAUUGUUGAUUGUGGAUGGUUUUAUGAGUAUGUCUGAUGCAUUAUGAAAUCGACGGCACGUGAUGAUCUGGAGAAGAUUUUGGCUAGAAUGCUUGUUGGUUCAUCUUGCUCUUCGAGCUGGGAGUAAUGGAAAUGAUACGUUGUAGGAGGCAUUCUAACUUUAUCCUAGUGUAACUCUGAAAGCUAGCCUCGAAAAUUUGAACUACUUUGACGCGCGACUUGCAUUUAAACUUCGAAAAUUAGAUUCAUUUGGCGAGAUCCAAAUCAAAUUUGAAAUGCUGAUAGUGAGAUUAGAAUAAGAAAGGGUACUGGAAACUGAAGAGCCAUCAAAAUUCAAAUGAGAAAGGAUCGAAGGAAGCAAAAUAUAAGCAUUGCAAAGAAAAAGCACAAAUCUCUUACCGUUUAAACUUUAAACAAAAGGGAGGGCAUACUGGUCAUUUCGGAACCGGCCUUCUUCCCCGUCUCUGAAUCGUUUAAACGUCGCCGUCAGCUGUUCUCACUUCCUCGGGGAAGUGGUUGUCGCGCGCUUAGCCGCAGAAAGGAGGAGAGCGGAGAAACCAGUUUAACCGAAAGAGACUGACACAGUCACAGAUCCAGAGAGGGAGGGAGGGAGAGAGAGUGAGAGAGAUUCAGGAAGCAAGAGAAGUUAUGAAACCCUAGAUUCUCACUGUGCUUGUGGUUUUUGAAAAUGGUGGGAACGUCACUGGCUGGAGUGCAAGAUCACUUGAAAUUGGCAAGGGAGUACGCUCUUGAAGGUCUCUACGACACUGCGGUUAUUUUCUUCGAUGGCGCCAUUGCUCAGAUCAACAAGCACCUAAACACACUUGAUGACCCAUUAGUCCGCACGAAAUGGAUGAAUGUCAAGAAGGCUGUUUCAGAGGAGGCAGACGUUGUGAAGCAGUUGGAUGUGGAGAGAAGGUCAUUUAAGGAAGCCCCUGCUGCACGCCGUGCUGCUUCCCCACCAAUUAAUACUAAAUCAUCAUUUGUGUUCCAACCUUUGGAUGAGUAUCCAACCUCUUCUGGUGCUGGUGCUUCUAUGGACGAUCCUGAUGUGUGGAGGCCACCAAGUCGAGACAAUUCAACUAGGAGACCCGGAAGGCCUGGCCAAGCGGGGACGAGGAAAUCACCUCAAGACGGAGCUUGGGCACGUGGUGGUUCAACAAGAACAGGGCCAGCUGGUCGCGGUGGAAAGACUACAGCUUCGAGCAAGGUGAAUACAGGUGUACGCGCAUCAACGGCUGGAAAGAAGAGCACUGCAGCACCUGGAAAGUCUGGCAAGGCAGAUUCAGCUAUUGAGGAUGUUGAAGAUGGAAAAUCUAAGAAGGGCCAAUACGAAGGGCCAGAUGGCGACUUGGCUGCAAUGCUCGAAAGGGAUGUCUUAGAAACAACCCCUGGGGUGAGAUGGGAUGAUGUUGCUGGACUUAGUGAAGCAAAAAGACUUCUGGAAGAAGCUGUGGUCCUUCCUUUAUGGAUGCCUGAAUAUUUCCAGGGCAUACGAAGACCAUGGAAAGGUGUCCUUAUGUUUGGACCUCCUGGUACUGGAAAGACUUUACUCGCCAAAGCUGUUGCUACUGAGUGUGGUACAACAUUUUUUAAUGUUUCAUCUGCUACCUUGGCUUCUAAAUGGCGUGGUGAGAGUGAGCGUAUGGUUCGAUGCUUGUUUGACCUUGCACGUGCAUAUGCACCAAGCACCAUCUUUAUUGAUGAGAUUGAUUCUUUGUGCAAUGCCAGAGGUGCUUCAGGGGAGCAUGAGUCGUCAAGAAGAGUAAAGUCUGAACUUCUCGUUCAAGUUGAUGGCGUAAGCAAUAGCGCCACAAAUGAAGAUGGAACCAAGAAACUAGUGAUGGUCCUGGCAGCUACUAAUUUUCCAUGGGACAUAGAUGAAGCUUUGAGGAGGAGACUGGAAAAGAGAAUUUAUAUUCCACUUCCAAACUUCGAAAGUCGCAAGGAGCUUAUUAAGAUAAAUUUAAAAACUGUGGAGGUGUCAGUGGAUGUAGAUAUCGAUGAUGUGGCUCGGCGGACAGAGGGGUACAGUGGAGAUGAUCUUACAAAUGUGUGCAGGGAUGCAUCUUUGAACGGGAUGAGGCGCAAGAUAGCAGGGAAGACACGAGACGAGAUCAAGAACAUGUCCAAGGACGAGAUUUCCAAUGAUCCUGUAGCCAUGUGUGAUUUUGAGGAGGCAAUUAAAAAGGUUCAACCUAGUGUUUCCCAAGCCGAUAUAGAAAGGCACGAGAAGUGGUUUGCUGAAUUUGGAUCGGCAUAAUGGAGGAGGUACAGUAACGAAGCUGGUUUAAUUCCGAUCGUAUGUGUACCCUAUCAUCGUCCUCUCAUUUGGUCUUCUGGAUUUUGUGGGCUGCUCGUCCUCGUUUAUUGUAAUUCUAUUUGUGUAAUCUUUGUUCGUCCUUGCGCUAUUUCUCACUGUGUGAACUCGCUUCCCUGCAAAUGUAAUUGAGUUGCUUAUGGGAACACGGUCUCUCAGCCGUGUGAACUUAGCGACCUGAUGGAGUGAAGUACGAUUUCAAGGUGGUAAGACACUGGUUUUGUUUCAUAAUAUGUUUUACACACAACUCUUUGUACUUUUAGGUAGAAGUUGUGGAGUAUAGGCAAAAUGCCACUUGGUUAUCAAAUCGCGGACUUUCGUGAAAAGUGAUCAGAUUUGGUCGAAAUCUCAUUGUUAAGACUAAGACCUAUUGUUUUGGUCCUUUUGGAUUGAGAUUAUGAUUGAUGUUAGAGUUUUAUUUAGUAUUUGGAAUUAUGAGAUUGAUAUAUAUUGAAAUGUCGAUAGAAUAUCGAAUUUUUUAUUAUUAUUUAGGAAUGACAAAAUAAUUCAUUAUCGUCAAUACCCAACUGAAUUUUAAUUGAUUUUUUUGGAAAAAAUCAGCCACUAAUAUUUUUGGGUGAGUUUUCCCGAGCCCGACAAAGAGGGUAAUGAGUUUGGUGCAAUUUUGCUAUUUUAUGUAUUUGCACCGAAUCCACCUGGCUAUGUCUUAUAACUAUGUUGUAAAAUCAUUUACUUUAUACAUGCUUAUUGGAGGAUGGUACGUGUGAGUUUUUCCCAAACUGCAUAUUGCGGCUUGGUUUCCGGCACAACCUCUGAUAUGGUUUUACAAUCUUUGCACUAUGGUAUCAACAAAACAACAUUUAAUUACCUUAAUAUAUGCCAAACCAACCCAAUACAAGCUAACAAAUAAUUAAUAGUGGAAUUUUACAAUACUUUAGUUUAUUGUCUUUAUGGUAAACUUGAAGUUGUACCUAUACUCUCUUGUAUGAAUCCCUUUGUGGUACAAACUAAAGUUGUACAUUAAUGUUAUAGUACAACUUAAAAUUGUACAAUAACAUAAAAGUAUGAAUUCCCUUAUGAUACAACUUAAAUUUGUACCUUUAACGUUAUGAUACAACUUCAAGUUUUACGACACUUAUGCUUUAAUAGAAGUGCUCAUAACUAAUUAGGCAUGCAAAUAAUUACUAAGGCAUGCAAAAUCUAAUUAAAUCCCAUAUCAAAUAAUUAAUAAGGCAUGCAAAAUUCAUCAAUUGUCAUUACCAGGAACUAGGGCUGCAAAUGAGCCGAGCUGAGCCGAGUUUUACCCCAGCUUGAGCUUGACUCGUUAACAAAUGAGCUGAGCUCGAGCCCGAGCCAUUUAUUAACGAGUCGAGUCGAGUUCGAGCUAGGCUUGUUUACUAAAUUCUUAGAUCGUAUUUAAUACAUUCAUUUUGUAUGUCAUGUAUGGUACAUGUGAUUGAUGUAGCGAUAAAAAAAUAAUCAAAUGUUCAUGAUUAAUUAAUCUUAUAUUAUAAUUUUUAGGUGUCAUAUUGUUUAGUUAAUAAAUUUUAACUAAUUCA